AUGAGUCAAGAUUUACGCAGGAAGUUAAUUUUAAAACAAUUAGACAAACUAAAUAACAACGAAGAAAUACCCAAUUCGAAUUUAGAUACUCUGGGACAAUUACCUUCCUUCCCUAAAAAAAGUAUUAGUAAAGAAAAACAACAUACACGAAACUUAAAAAAUGAUGCCCUCCAAUUACCUUCCUGGAAAGAUUUCUUCACGAAGAAUGAAGUGGUGACCCUUAAAGAUCGGAAUUUCCAAUUUAAUACUUAUUUCACUCUACCAACCUCCCAUAAGAACAACUCCGUUACAUACAGCGAGAAUCUGACUACUUCAUCCAGUACCGCAGACUGUACAAUACCCAUAUAUAUCUUUCAUCACGGUGCUGGAUCUUCUGGAUUAUCAUUUGCAAAUCUAGCAAAAGAAGUCUAUGAGCGCUCAAGCGGUAAAUGUGGUUGUUUCUCAUUCGAUGCAAGAGGACAUGGGAAAACAGUACCAAUAGAUCCUACUAAACCUAUCUCUUAUGGGAGGGAAAUUUUUGUUCAAGAUUUUAAAUCCCUUAUAACUUGGUUUUAUCAAACCCAACUCAUAGAAAUCUUUAGUUCAAAACAAAAUGAAAAGAAACAUAUAUCAUUAAUAUUGGUGGGUCAUUCAUUAGGCGGAAGCAUAUGUACCUUUGUCCACCCAUCUUUGGACAAGAUGAUAAGAUCGCAUGUUUUAGGAGUUGCCAUGUUCGAUAUUGUGGAAGAAGCUGCCAUUUUAGCAUUAGAAAAGGUAGAUCAUUUCUUGAAAAAUACACCAAACGCUUUCAACUCUUAUGAAGAUGCUAUUGGUUGGUAUAUGAAACAUAAACUAUCAAGGACCAAAACAAGUGCAGAAAUUGCUGUCCCAUCUUUAUUUGCUCCAGUAGAGGGUGAUACAAGCCAAGUUACUAGGAUUACAAAUUUGAAAGACUUUAGUCCUUAUUGGAGUACAUGGUUUACAGACUUAUCGCACUCUUUUGUCACCUUACCAACUGCAAAGUUAUUAAUAUUAGCAGGAGAUGAUAGAUUAGAUAAAGAAUUGAUUAUUGGUCAGAUGCAAGGGAAAUACCAACUUGUUGUAUUUCAAGAUUCAGGGCAUUUCAUUCAAGAGGAUUCUCCGAUGAAAACGGCUCUUACUUUACUGGAAUUCUGGAAGAGAAAUGACAAUACUAACGUUAUAAUAAAGUCAAACUGGGGAUCUAGCACAAACAAAAAUCAAUGA